UUUCUUUCAUCUUGGAAUCGGGAAUCAGCAUCGGAAGUGAGCACUUCGUUUAGCAGAAAAAGUAUUUUUUCGACAAAAAAUUUAAAUAUUGCUUGUAAAAACUUGUAUAGUUUGGUUGGCCAACGUCUGUACUUUUGUUUGGUGUCGCUCAACACACCUUUAGCAAAAAUGGACCGCAACAAUGAUCGAGGAGGUGGCGGCGGCGGUGGUGGUGGUGGUGAUCGCGGUCGUAGGCACCGUUCCAAGUCACGUUCUCGUGAAAGGCGUCGCAGUCGCAGUCGGGGCGAUAAAAAGCAACGCUCCCGAUCAAGGUCACCCUACCGAAAGGGCCGCUCUCGUCGCAGGAAGCCUUCCCUGUACUGGGAUGUUCCGCCACCGGGUUUCGAACACAUUACACCGCUGCAGUACAAGGCCAUGCAAGCAGCCGGCCAAAUUCCGGCAAAUAUUGUAGCUGAUACUCCACAAGCGGCUGUACCGGUUGUGGGUUCCACUAUUACCCGCCAGGCUCGACGGUUAUACGUCGGAAACAUUCCGUUCGGUGUGACGGAAGAGGAGAUGAUGGAGUUCUUCAACCAGCAGAUGCACCUAUCCGGGUUAGCGCAAGCUGCCGGAAAUCCGGUGCUUGCGUGUCAAAUCAAUUUGGAUAAGAAUUUUGCCUUCCUCGAGUUCCGUUCGAUUGACGAAACCACACAAGCGAUGGCUUUCGAUGGUAUUAAUUUCAAGGGACAGAGUUUGAAGAUUAGACGACCUCAUGAUUAUCAACCGAUGCCUGGUAUGACAGAUUCUGCAGCUAUCAGCGUACCAGCGGAGAAAUUCACCGGCGUCAUUAGCACCGUAGUACCGGAUUCGCCCCAUAAGAUCUUCAUCGGUGGUUUGCCGAACUAUUUGAACGAGGACCAGGUCAAGGAGUUGCUGCUUUCAUUCGGACAACUAAAGGCUUUCAACUUGGUCAAAGACGCUGCUACUGGCCUCAGUAAAGGUUACGCUUUUGCCGAGUAUGUCGAGUACACAAUCACCGAUCAGGCAAUUGCAGGUUUGAAUGGAAUGCAGCUCGGCGACAAGAAGCUCAUCGUUCAAAGGGCAAGCGUUGGAGCGAAGAACUCGAAUGUGGCAGCUGUGGCGCCUGUACAAAUUCAGGUACCCGGUCUCUCACUGGUUGGUUCCUCUGGUCCACCGACGGAAGUGCUCUGUCUGCUGAACAUGGUUACACCGGACGAGCUGAAAGACGAGGAAGAAUACGAGGACAUCCUGGAGGACAUUAAGGAGGAGUGCAACAAAUAUGGCGUGGUUCGCAGUGUGGAAAUUCCGCGACCCAUCGAGGGUGUCGAUGUUCCUGGCUGUGGUAAGGUCUUCGUCGAGUUCAACUCGAUCGUAGACUGUCAGAAGGCCCAGCAGGCACUCACCGGGCGCAAGUUCAGCGACCGCGUCGUCGUUACCUCAUACUUCGACCCCGAUAAGUAUCAUCGUCGCGAGUUUUAAGUUGACUAGCUAGCUUUCCACCUAGUCAGUAGGCGGGAAGUCAGCACAAGCAAACAGACAAAAAAUAAUACAAUAGGUCUUUUGAUUGUAAUGGUUAAUUUUAGGUUCCUCUAAACAACAACUGCACAGCAGCGUUGAAAAGCGUACGUGCAGAAUUAAUUCAGUGGAGGGUUUAUUAAUUUCGAAACAAUCAAAACUUUAGAAAGAUAACACGCAUUGUGCAGUUAAACUUCGACCUAACACACCGACAAAUACACAUAAUUGUGCCGGCUCUACUUGUUCAAAGUUUUAUUGCGAAAGUUUCCAUUUCAGUUUUGUCUGCAAUCAUUUUUCUAUUAUUAAUACUGUUUCCCAUGAGCUUUGUGAUGUUAAAGCUGAUUAACGCUAGGCCAACGCAGAGUGUCUUAAAAAUAAUAUAAAUUCAAAAGCAACACAAUACUAAGGGUUGAAUUCAGACAAUACGAACUGAUUUUUAUGCGCAUUAAACCAGCAGCAGAGAAGCUCACAUAGACAGCUCAUGGGUAUGCUAACUGUUGUGACUUGCACGAGUAAAACUUUUUCAAUUAAAACAAUUACCUUUGCUUAGACUGUAAAAGUGUAGGCACAGUGAGUGCAUCAUCUCGGAUGAAUUUGAUCUGAUGUGUGGUAACCAGCAGAAGACUUGACGAGUGAUGAAAGGUGUUUUAAUUAAAAUCUUGCGCAGGUAAAUAUUUCCGUCAGUAAUUGCAGCCUGAGCUUUUACCAUCGUGCAUCUUCGUCGAAUCGUAAUGUUUUGGAGAACCGUUCGUGUGAAUGAAACUUUCAACUGACAACAUAAAUAGAGUAACGAAUAAAUUGCGUUUCAGUAUAAUGCAAAUUGAAAUAAAUUGCACUUCGCGGUAUUUAGUUUA